AUGCUGAAGGGUGCGAUAUUGUUGCUCCUUCAUCUGUUCUGCGAAAUCGGUGAGCGUAAAUUUCAAUCUCUCCUUUCUUCUUUUUUUCUCUUUUUGGAAAAUUGCAUUUGGAAAUACAAACUCGUUGACUCGUUCAAUAAAGAUUGCUAACGAUAACAUUGCUUGUGAAUUCCAGCAUUGGCAGCACAAUGCGGCAAAGUAUGGCUGACUGUCUCCUCAUUGUGGAGACCAAUCGCUGCCAGCGACAAGGUGGUCGACGCUGAGCUCGAAGUAAAUUGGGAUCUCGAUUGUCCAUCGAGCACAGGAUAUCCAGAUACCAUCAAGGUGUUCACUGCUGACCCAGCACAUAACAAAACGGUGAAACCUAAGCUGAUUCUGACCUCGCUGCAAUACCCACGGGGUUACUAUCGAACGAACAUCACCGUGGGACGGCCACCGCUUCCGGGUGGAUGGGACACCAAGGACGGCGCGACACUUCCUGGUCCGCAUUGCUUGAAACAUCACGCUGCUCUUUACAAGGACGGGGUCAUCCUUACCAGCUCUUGCCUGCAGAUUUGGCCAACGUGGAUGUACGACUUGAGGAGACAGUUAGGAAGACUUCCGAUAGGAAGCUUGAUGAUACCCGGGACGCAUAAUUCCGGCUGUUACAAACACGGUGACCUGACGAGGCGAGACGCGUUUCAAAGAUACCUUCUGACGCAGGAUCGCGAUGUGUGGACACAAUUAGUGCACGGUGUGAGGUAUCUGGACAUCAGGGUAGGUUACUAUCCGUCAAUUCCGAAUGGCACGGCCGUCGAGGAGGGCAACCACAUCAGCAGAUUCUGGAUCAAUCAUGAUGUCAUACGGAUCACCCCUCUCUCGGCCAUCAUCAAAGACGUGAGAAACUUUCUGAACGUCGCUAGGGGAGAGGUGGUCGUCAUGGACUUUCAUAGGUUCCCUGUGGGAUUCGAAGAUAGGCCGAGUAGGCAUCGUCGAUUAGCCAUGAUUCUCUUGCGAGAAUUCGAAGGCCUGAUCUUGAAGCCCGAUAGAGGGGUCGAAGGUCUGGGUCCGACCCUGAAUGAUAUCUGGACCGGAGGGAAACGCCUGAUAAUUUGCUACGGCGACAAGCACACCGUUAAUGAGUACGACUGGCUAUGGCCAACGAUGUCUCAAGCCUGGGGCAACCAACAGACCGUGGAAGGUUUGUUCAAGUAUCUGGACAAGGUAAUCAUGGGUCCGAAAAAGUCUCGGAACAGUCAAAAUCCACUGUGGGCAGUGAUGGCGGAGUUGACACCAUAUCCGUUGGACAUAAUCUUCAAUUUGUCCGGCGGAUUGCGGCAGAUGGCCGAUUCGGUGAACAGAAAUCUCACGUACAAGUUCCAGGAGGAAUGGUGGAAGGAGACGAACAUCGUCGCGACGGAUUUCUUCCUCGGGAACAAUCUGAUCGAUGUGUCGAUACAAGCGAACAUUAAGAAGAGCAAUAUCGCCCAGUGGCGUCUGUAACGUGACAGCAACAAUUCGGUGUAUUCUACGAAAAUUUCACUUCACAUUAGAUUGUUGAAGUUUGACGAGGUUUUACGUCUUUUUAGAAAUGAUCGAGUCGCUUUUACGGAAGUAAAUUUCCCAAGUCGUAUCCGAGAUUUAUCACUUGACGAAUGAAGAUAUAUAAAUAUUUCUCAACUUUGUUUUGUCGGACAAUUGGAACGUGAGAAAUUGAUCGAAAUGAAGUGAGUAAGAGAGAAUAGAAAUGUUUAGAAGUUUUAAAGGAGCAGGAGUUAAAGAAUCUUAGGGUAACUGUUG